AUGAGUCAGCCUAUACAGUAUUUGGAUAUAAGUGAAAACAUACCAUGUCAGCGUUGUAAAACAGAAACUGCAGUAUUGGUUUCUAGGAAAGAGAAAUUUUGCAAAGGCUGUUUUUUAAGAUUCAUUAGAGGAAAACAAAGGAAGCAAAUGCAAGAUGAGAAAUAUAAGGUAAAAUACGGUAAAAAUGAGCAAAACGCACCCAAACAAAAGGUAUUGUUGACUUUGUCUUGUGGAAUUUCAUCGCUUGUAUUAGUAGAUGUAAUGGCGUCGCUUUUGAAGGAACAAUAUGACAUGCACAAAGGAAAGCAAGGAUUUGAGUUAGUAGUGUUGAAUAUAGAUGAAUAUGAACUCAAAGCUUUGGACAGAAGUACUAAGGAUGUACUUAAACAAUUGGUGGAGUGUUUUAAGCCAAUUAAUUUUACAUAUAAAAUCCUCAGUUUAGAGUCAUAUGUACUUGAUCAAUCCCUUUUGGAAAAAAUUGUUUUAAACGGAGACUUUACAGCAUAUUCACAAUAUAUCAAUCAUGACAAGAAGUAUACUUUAUCAGAAUUGUUGAGCUUGUGUCCAAAUAAAUCAUCCUUAGAAGACUUAUUAACCAUUAUUUAUGAUGAGUUAAUCUUACGCACAGCAUAUUUAGAGUCUUGUGAAACUAUAUUAUAUGGACACAGCAUGACUAGAAUAGCUAAUGAAAUUAUAGCACUUACUGUCAAGGGAAGAGGGUCGUCAAUAUAUCAAACUGUGUCAGAUCAUACGGUUAAGUUCCGUAAUAAGGAUUUUAAAAUAAUGUUUCCAUUACGAGACGUUUUAUUUGCAGAAAUAUUAGCCUAUAGCAAAUUAUCAGAAUUAGAUAAGUUCGCCGUUGAAUCCACCAAGCCAGUUUCGAAAAUUACCAAGAAUAUGACUAUUAGAGACCUCACAACAAAUUAUUUCAAUCAGUUGGAUGCAACAGGAUAUGCAUCUACCGCAUCCACUGUUGUUAAAACUGGAGACAAGUUAGGUGCACCAAAAUUUGAAGAAGAAUCAAGUAUAUGCCAAGUUUGUGGAACAGAAAUCCAUCAGGACCCUAAGGACUGGUUAAGACGAAUUACAGUUAAUAAAUCGGCGCCUUUAGAAACUGAAGAAGAAAAGGAAUACGCAGAACAAUAUAAGAAAGCGUCCAGUCUCAUUGAAGAGAGCAAUGGUAGCCAACAUAAAACACCUAUUAAUAUAUGCUAUGGCUGUACCGUGACAAUUAGCGGCAUUAAAAAUGAGAGCGGAUUCAUUUGGCCCAUAAAGAAUACAGAGAAUGAUGAAGAGAGGGAAAUACUCAAUGAAUACAUAUUAACUGAUGAUGAAGACGACGAAUAG